AUUUUCACGGUCAGGUGAGAACUCUGCGCUGUAGUGGAUUCCUCCUACACCGCGUGAACUUCUGCAGCAGAUCCAGGUCAUGGGCUCAGGGAGCAGCUGUCGCUUUAUUCUGGCCGAGGAGAAGUGAGGAUUAAUCAGACGAUGACACAGCAGCAGCACCUGCCUGCGCUUGGUGUGCGUCCGCCGGCGAGAGCGACGGCCGCUUCCCUGGUUUCCAUGCGACCGGAGGGCUGCUCGUGUUGGAGCAUGCUCAGUGCGGCUCCCGUCCCUGUAACAAUAGCCAGCGAGAGGGCUCUCUCUCUCUCUCUCUCUCUCUCUCUCGCGCUCGCUCGCCCGCUCACACACACACACAGGCACACACUGUACUCCAGCUCGCGCUGGGAGCUGGAAGCGAGGCUGCCUGCUGCGCCGCCGAGCCCAUAACACACGGCGACUGACAAACACGGAGGAGCUCGGGGCCCCGUCUGUCUGAGUCGCUGGAUGCUGCAGGCGGCCUGUUGUUCUGAGGCCGGACUGUGAAGAGGAAACUGGGCACUCUGGGACCGGAGCCAACGACCUGUAGGAGGAGACGAGCAGCACCGGCGUUUGAUUAAAAUGGGGCUCACAGAUGACUGUGCGUCCGAGGGCCACGCGCUCAGCCCACGGCCAUGCCAGACGUAAGAGCUCCACCAGCAUGUGACCGCGCCUCCGCCGCCGCAGCCUCCGGCUCUCCUCCCGGCUGCGUCUCGCCCCUCCACCACAUGAUGAACAUGGAGCCCUGCAUCGCCAACCUGCCCCUGUCCCCCAACCCUCUGUCCGCCUACUGCCAACACAGGCCCCACUACCCGGGCCUCCAGGGGCCUCCGUUCCCGCUCAUGGCCAGGUGUAACAGCAGCACCCUGCUCACCAACAUGGGGCUCAGGUACUGCUCCAGCAGGCACGGCCCUCUAGGAGUGGGGCUGGGUCCGGGGCCGGGUCAGGGGCUGGGCUCCGGCAUCCACACAGGAGGCACUAGCAGCAGGCCCUACAGGAGUAUGGAGAACCUCAGCUGGAACACUGUGGCAGAUUCUGGCUUGUGCACAUUUAACGCUGCCCCCUACAGGAGCGUAGACAGUGAGUUUAUAUUACGCUAUACAGCCACUAGCCACUGGUAUGAUGGACCCCCAGAUGGAUCUGUGGUGGGGCCCCAUGGACUGGUACCCAACCCAGAGAGCCUGGCUUUCUACCCACGGCUGCCCAGGAAGGACCUACCGCUCUUCCCCCAGUUGCUGUUUCCAGUUGGUAUUGACGAAGUGGAGGCAAGGAAGGGCCUGAGGGAGAAACUCCGCCUCCAGAGUGCGAGGUCAUCAGUUGAGCCCUUGAAGCCCCUCCCACUACGGCCUCAGGUGACGCCAUCUGCUGCACCCAUCGAACGAGACGGGGUGAAUUCAGAGGGCGUUGGGGUCAAGCCGCUGGGCACGAAGCGCAUCACCAGCCCGGAGGAGAUCAAGCAGGAGGUGUUGAGGCGCUUACAGCUCCGACGUCAGAACAGCAGCCCCAACCUGGCUCUCCAUCGCUCCCCGACCAUCCCAAAAGUGGUUAAGACGUCCUACACCACAGACAACAUUGCAGUUGACACAAAUGGAUCCGAUUCUGGGUCUGAGCGCCGCAGGCCUCCUGUGGGUCGACUUCAUAUCCCUACAUUUGAGGAGUUUAAGAGGAUGAGGCAGAAGGAGGGCGAACAGCACCAGGCGUCCACAGCAGGUUCUGUGGUGUUUGGAAAACCUGAGGUCGACCUCAAGGACUCAGUGGGAUCAGACAGUGAAGUAGCUCUUCCCCAUCAGACUGGCCCUCAGUUCUCUUCCACUGGAGGAGACAGAGAGGAGGCAGAGGCUGAACGGACAGGCUCGCAAACCAUCACCUCCUCAGAGGAGGUUCUCUCCACCUCCUCCUCCACCUCCGCCGCUAGCGCACGCUCUCCCAUACGCACCGGCCCGUCCCCGCGUUCCCCCCUGCAGCCGCUGGCGAGUCCAGCACAGGUGACGGCCGCUGGCGUCGGGGCAGAGGACGGCUGCAGCCGGCGCAGGAGGAGCAGCCUGGAACCAGCGGGGUCCAUUCCCUUCCCGCCCAACCGGGAGAACUGGGAGCGGCCCUCCAGCUGCUGCCCGGCCCUCCUCCUGGAGGGGGCGGACCUGUCGAGCUACGGAGCCAAGAUCUAUAAGAUGAAGGACGGAUUGAUCGGCUCUGCAUUGGACCUCAUCAAGAAGAGCUGCAGUGCAGAGAUCUCCGCCGAGGCCCCCGUCAGGCUGUCAGGUGACCGGGACGGAGCCCGUGACAUCACCGCCCCCUCCACUGACUGUCAGCCCUCCGCCGUUGCCAUGGCAACGUCGGCAACGGCCUGCAGGAGCGAGGCUGGCGACGAGACGCCUGCAGGAGGAGGAGGAGGAGAAGGAGGAGGAAGACGAGAGGAAGCAGGAGAAUGCCACACCGGUCUGGGCUGCAGGCGCUCCAGCUCAGACGCAGCCUAUGAGCUGGCGGAGACGGUGAGGGCACAGCGCGAGUGCCGCCUCCGGCCCCACUACAGCGACCCCAUGCCGGCCGACGCCUCCAAGCGCAAGCAGCUGGAGAUGAAGAUCGCUGCCGCCGCCCGGCUGCACAGCCACCGCAGGGACAGGGACCGCGACCGGGACAGAGACAGCGCUCCUGCAGCCAUACGGGGCCGAUCCGAGCCCCCGGGGGAGGAGCGCCAGGCCGGUCUGGGCGUGACUCGGUCCGGGCAGCAUCGCUGGAGCACAAUCAGCAGCCUGAGCGCAGACAGCGGCGUGGUGGGUCUCAGCGACGAGCGGGAGGAGGAGGACAGCGAGCCCCGGCGCCAUCGCAGACACAGGGGGGCCGAGGUGGAGCGGGUGGACAGCGGCAUCGGCCCCGGGCUGUCCCGCACCUGGAAGAGGCCGUCGGCCUCCCUCAGAGCCUGGGAGGCGCAGAGACCCUGUCCCGACUGCGGCCUGAGGGACGGCGCGUCCAAGGAGCGCGGGGAGCGCAUGUGCGAGCGCUGCUCCAAGCUGCGCACCGAGCGCAAGGAGGCCAUCCUGGAGUUCCUGAACACGGAGUCCAGCUACGGCGAGGACCUGCGCAUCAUCAAGGAGGAGUUCUACUGCCCCAUGCAGAGCGCCGGGCUGCUGACGCCGGAGCAGCUCACCGUCGUGUUCAGCAACGUUCAGGAGCUCAUCGACGUCAACGACCGCUUCACCGAGCACCUGCAGGACAGCAUCGACCAGGCCUUCGACCAGGGGGAUGAGGACCUGCUCACCGUGUACAUCGGCGAGAUCUUCCUGGAGUUCGUCAACAUGCUGCCGGCCUUCCAGACGUACUGCCUGCAGCAGUCCGCCUCGGUCAACAUGCUCAACGCGCUGGAGAAGGAGAAGGAGCUGCUCAGAAUCUUUCUGGACGUCUCUCAGAACGACAACACCGCCCUGCGCCGCAUGAACCUGCGCUCCUUCCUCAUGGCCCCCCUCCAGCGGGUGACCAAAUACCCCCUGCUGCUCAGUCGCAUCAUCAAGGUCACGCCCGAAUGUCACCCCGACUACGCGCGCCUCCGCGAGGCCAAGAGCCGGGUGGAGUCCCACCUGGAGCACAUCAACAUGAAGACCAAGCAGGAGGGCAACGGCGUCACGUGGUCGCUGCGCUCCUUCCGCCGCGACAGCCGCAAAAACCGGGAGGUCAUCAACAUAGAGAUGCGGGAGGUGUCCAUGAAGACGGUGGGCUGGGCGCGGGAGAGCACGCGCUUCGUCAUGGAGGGGCCGCUGCAGCUGUCGCAGCCGGCCGACGGCCAGUGGGUGAAGAAGGGCAGCAGGGCGCUCAAGUUCCAGAACGUGCAGAGCCUGCUGAUGGUGAGGACGCAGCGGGCGGCCGAAGGCGCAGGCCCGGGGGCCGACGCGGGGGCGCGGGGCGACCGCGGGGAGGAGGGGGGCGAGGGCGUCCGAGACGGGGUGUUGGUGCUGAUCAAGGACAAGAGCAGCGGCAAGUUCGCGGUGCUGCGAGAGCCCAUCCGCCUGGGGAACUGCGUGGUGUCCACGGAGCCGGACUGCGAGGACACCUUCGAGGUGCUCGACAUUCGACGGGAGUCCUUCGUCUUCCGCGCCUCGGACAAGUCGCGCACCCAGCAGUGGUUCCAUCAGGUCAGGAGGUACGCUCGGGACCUGGGCGCCUGGAGGAAGCGGCGCAACGCCCUGCCCAACAUCAUGAUCAACACGAACCAGAGCCGCUCCUGAAACGGUCCCCGGCUUCAGCGCGCUGUAAAUAACCUGAACCUUCUACUGCAAAAAAGACCACGACAAGCAUUUUCUGAGCGACGCUACGGUGACAACACUUGAAAAAGUACAUACAUCUUUCUCUGUCAGUUCGACCUCAGAGGUGUGAGUGCGCCAUUCUGUCAUGAAGAUUUCAUUUUUAGUCUUUAUAUUUAAAAAAUCGGAUUGUUGGCCAACCAAAAGCUUAAACUUGGGCUGCGCUUGUCGGCCUUGAUUGUAAAGACUGCUUCUUCGUGGGGAAAGACAGCUGUGUUUUCACUAAAUAUGGAAUGUUUGUGGGAAAAGCAUGACUGCAAGAAGAAGCAUUAGGUGAUUUUUAUAUGAGGCAGCAGGGUUGACGUUUUGAUACGAAAGGUGGAGGGGGGCUCGUGUUUGCCGCUGCCCCCUGACGUACGCUGGUGGUACUGCAGCUCUCACCGCUGAGGAUGCAGGUGAGCGGAGCCUCUCCUCGGACCUCCUGUAUCACUGUGUUCAAACGAGAACUCACAACAGCAAUAAUCUCUGCCAGUUUCAAAGGAAGUAGCUACUUUAUAUGAAUUCUUAGUUAUUCCAGUGGAGGCUGUGUUACUCAUUCAAAUGAAGUCUCGGCCGUUUUGUUUGUUGGCUUCAUUAUCAUCUAGCACGAAGGAAGUGUCACUGCAGUUAUGAUCUUUGUUUCUGAGAAGCCUCGUCAGUUUCUGCCGUGUUGACAUCAAGCCAAACAACACUUGCACGACCUCAGCUGCUUUCAGUGCAGUUUGAUGCAGAAGAAUCAAUAGAACCUGUGACAACAGUAUUUCAGGGCCAAAGAGCGGUUUUAAUCUAAUCUUCAUCCAACCAGCGAUCAGAAAAACUCCAUCAACCCCAUGUGAGUUCAAACAUAAGACUUUUGUAGGUUCCUGCUCCCAUGACACACGAAGCAGAAUUUAAGCGGUCUGAUGAUAAUGUUGUGAUGAACGUGGGAAACCACCGGACAUCUCAUCACAUGGUUUUACUGGCGUUUUAUGUGACCUAGCAAUGAGCUGUUGUGCCUUGGUACUUGAUUACUGUUACGCUGAAAGAAUAUUAGCAACCUGUCACAGUAACAUCUGUCUCUGAGCUGUGGUCCUAUCCGUCGGCACUGGACCGAGAUCAACCUACAGGCAAUAGGGUUAUUCUUCUAAUUAUACUCAUUUUAAUGUGUUUUAAAUGUCCUUCGUGUGUUUUUAUUUAUAAAGGCUUUAUUUGGUUUAAGGCACUUUAUCUUGUUUAGUCAGUUCUUCACAUUAGAAGGAACCUCACUGACCAAAGCUGACUUCAGCAGGUCCAGACAACACACGAGACCCUUUCAUCAAACCAAAACCACUGUUUAAGACCGAUGCUGUUUUAUGUUUGCUAUGAAGUAGCACUAAAAAGGUAGCAAAUCACUGUAUUGGGAGGCAGGGCUGCUCCACAUAAAACAUCCUGUGCUGUCAGAGGAUGCUGUUUUAGACCUGCUGGGUUGCAAACUAUUUCGUUUUUCAUUUGAAAGACCUGAUGUAUUAUUUCCCUACUGUAAUAUAUUGUGAAUUAUAUUAAAAGAUUUUAAAGUA